AUGGUAUCAUCGUUCGUGGCCCUAGCUCUGUCCAUAAUCUACUUGAACCACAGCUGCAACGCGAAGAAUCUUCCCUCGAUAUUACCUGAAAAGAAUGGUUUGGUUGCCAAUUCAUGGAGGCUGCUCCAGAAUAGUGAAUACGAAAAAGAUAACCUUUUUUGCCUCUCAAAUGGUUGUGUGAAAGUUGCGGCUUCCUUAAUCAACAACAUGGAUCAAUCAGUAGAUCCAUGUGAUGAUUUUUAUCAGUUUGCGUGUGGUAAUUUUAUAAAAAACUCGAUUCUCGAAGAUAACGAAAAACUUCGAGGCACAUUGUCAUUGAUUGCAAAAAAAAUAGAAAAUCAGAGGCGAAUGAUCGUCAACGAACCCAUUCAACCAGAUGAACUGAGACCGUUCAAGAUGAUAAAAUUACAGUUUAAAUCGUGUAUGGACCAAGAGAAAAUUGAAAAGAUAGGCUUGGGACCAAUGAAGGAAAUGUUGAAAAGCCUCGGCGGAUGGCCAUUGCUGGAAGCUGAGAAUUGGGACGAAUCAAAGUUCACUUGGAUGGACAGCCUGAACAGUUUUAAAGAAAUGGGCUUGAAAAUCAACUACUUAUUAAAAAUAUCAAUCACACCAGAUUUUAAAAACCGUACGAAAGCAGCUAUUUUCCUGGAUCAAGCGUCCUUGGGACUUCAAAACCAGCACCUGGUCCAGGGCAGAGAUUACCGAGCUGUGGACAAAUACUACAGGUACAUGGUGGAUAUCUCAGUGCUGUUUGGAGCUGACCGGCAGAGGGCCACCGAGGAGCUGAGGGAGUCAUUAGACUUUGAGAUAGAAUUGGCCAAGAUAUCGAUUCCACCGGAAGAAGCAAGUGACUACUUAAAGACGUACAAUCCGAUGAAUAUCACCUUUCUACAACAAAAGUUUCCGAGCAUACCAUGGCAAGAAUUUCUUAACAAGCUGUUGAACCAAUUCAUACGUCAGGAUGACAUUAUAAUUGUGUCUUCGCUGGAAUACUUUUCGGGCUUGGAAGCACUACUCAGCAAAACGCCCAAAAGGGUCCAAGCAAAUUACAUGAUGUGGAGAUCUGUUGAUGAUGCCGUAAAAUGCCUGACUGGAGAACUGAGACAGAUAAAGCAAACGUUUGAAACACUCGUCUUCGGAACGAUAGAAGUCCCUCGAUGGAAGGAAUGCGCGGAUUUAAGUUUUGAAUUAUUUAACACUGCCAUAGGGUCGAUGUAUGUUCGACGGUAUAUCAAUGAAAACACUAAAAAUAAUGCUUUAGAAAUCGUGAACGAUAUAAGAAAAGAAUUUUACAAAAUGCUAUUAUCAAAUGAGUGGAUGGACGAUGAAACAAGGAAAAGCGCCAUGGACAAAGCAAAGUUGAUAUUAGCGAAUGAUAUUGCAUAUCCUGAUGAAUUAUUGGACGACGGCAAGCUGAAUUCGUAUUAUGAAAAUUUAGAAGUCAACGACCAAGACAUUUAUACAUCAGUAUUGAAUUUAACUAAAUUUAGCACUGACUAUGAGUUUUCGAAAUUAAGGAAACCUGUUAAUAAAUUGGAUUGGGUUUAUAACAGUGGGGUGGUACCAGUGUUAAAUGCGUUCUAUAAUCCUCAGGGAAACAGUAUCCUGUUUACCGCUUCUAUGUUGCAAGAGUUGUCCUUUUCCAAUGAUGUUCCUCGAUAUAUGGUUUACAGUUCCAUCGGUUCUAUAAUUGGUCAUGAAAUCACUCAUGGUUUUGAUAACUCGGGCAGAAAGUUUGAUAUGCAUGGCAACUUGGCAAAUUGGUGGCAGGAGGAGACGAAUAAACGCUUUUUGGAAAAGGAAAAGUGUUUCAUCAAACAGUAUGAUAAUUACACCAUUGACGGUCACAAGUUGAACGGCACUCUAACGCUGGGCGAAAAUAUAUCAGACAUGGGAGGCUUAAAGCUGGCGUAUAACGCGUACAGAGAGUGGGUCAAAGUACAUGGCAACGAACCGCGACUUCCCGGGCUCCAAGAGUACACUCCUCAGCAGAUGUUUUGGUUGAGCACAGCCAAUGUGUAUUGCUCCAAGGAAGAUACGGCGGUUAUGCAUUUUCUUAGAAAAUACGACGGGCAUUCGCUCUCCCGUUUCCGGGUAAUCGGCUCGUUUUCCAAUUUAAAAAACUUCAGCGACGACUUUAGGUGUCCUCUAGGCUCCAACAUGAACCCGACCAAUAAGUGCCAGUUGUGGUGA